AUGGCGAGCCGCGGCCCAGACGUGGGGGCGGUGUUGGGCCCCAGCGCCACGCUGCUGCGAUUGCAAGGCCUCUGGAACCCACCAGGGGGCGGCCGCACCGCUGCCACCGCCAUCGCUGCCGCUGUCUCGCUGGCACUCGCGUGCGGGCUGGUCACCAUGUCCCUCCUCAAGCUACUGAUGGAUCGUCCACGAGAACUCGAGGAGCUAGUCGCAUGCAUCUUCAAUGUGACAAUGCACGGCGAAAUGUUGAUCAAGGGGAUCACGAGCGUAACAGCUGUUAUUUGGGUGGCUUCCCCGCUGGUUCAUCUGGUCGUCAACAUGGACACUGAGGUCUCUUCCGGAAAUCCUCGGCCACUGCCGCUGCCUGCCUGGUUACCACUGGACAUCUACGCAUCUCCCACAUAUGAGCUACUCUACAUGAUGCAAGUUCUGUGCCUAAUAGUCCCGUCUGUAGCCACUGUAUCCUCUGACUGCGUCUUUAUUGACCUGAUGCUGAGGGUUGCUGCCGAGUUAGAGAUUCUGAACGACAACAUUUCUAGUUUGCGUAAAAUGAAAGUUUCAGCAAAAUCCAACAAGUACAUGUCAAGCAGUUUGGCCUCCGAUUUUGAGGUGCAUCUACAGCUUUCGAAGAAUGUCAAGCACCACCAGGCAAUUCUUAGGUCCGUCGCCUUGCUAGAGGACGGAAUGAGUACAGCAAUCUUCGUUCUGUUCCUGGCCAUGAUGAUCGGAAUAUGCGCUGACAUCUUCGCUGCUGCAGUGUUUUUACAGACUGUUGGAGGACAGACAAGAGCACUGAAGUCGAUUCUCACAUUACCCGUCCUCCUGUAUAACGUCGCGAUGUACUGUAUCUUCGGUCAGAUGGUAAAUGACCAGAGCGAGAGGCUGAUGGACUCAGCAUACAGCAGUGCGUGGGUGGACUUCGACGCUCGAUCCAGACGCAGCCUGCUCACCUUUUCAAUGGUGGUCGGGCAGCCUCUGAAAGUCAAAGUGGGAAAGAUGUACACGUUGAACAAAGAGACAUUUUUGCAGGUGAGCUGA